UCAAAAUUCAAAUUAACGAAGCCUUCUUAGUUCCUGCUGUUCCUCACCUUGCUUCGAACAUCAGUGCUAACUUAUAUUGGUGAAUUCAAUGGAUAUCAAUUACUGGAAUCGUUUAAUGGAUUCCAGACCUCGAAGAAAUCCAAGGUAAAACCUGUUGCUUUUCUUUUGCUUCUGUGUUCAAAGAAAGUGCGAAGCUACGGUUUUAAAACCCUUUUCCCUCUCUUUUUUCAAACUUUAUCCCUUUCAAACCAUCUUUCUCUCAAAUCUCUCUGAACUUUUAAACCUUUGUGCUCCUUCUGAUCAAAUCUGUUUUGGUGAGAUGAUAACAUCCUCAAUUCCAACCCUAACUGUUCAAUCGAGCAAUCUUUUGGCGGAUCUCGAUUCCUCUCAUUAUCCUGCUGCUCUUGGAAUUAUCGUUGAAUGCCUUCCUCAUUCUGCUCUAUCUAAGGCAUUGACUGCUUCAAAGGAUGUUCCAUUGAAGUUACUGAGUCUAGCAUUCUCUUCUGCAAAGUAUAACAAAGCCAAGGAUGUCGUAUCUUUUGAAGUUACUGGUGGAAAAGUUGUACAACUUUCAAAGCCUAUUUUUGCUCGUCUUCUAGGGUUACCCUCCUCAGGUUGAUUAUGCAACCAUACUUUGGCAAGAAUUUGUGGAUAGUCUCAACCAUUCUAAGAGGGAUACAGAACUUUCUUUUCAUCGAUUUUGGUCUUUAAUUGUCUAUGGAGCUUACUCUUUCUCCAAAAUCCCCAUUAACAAGAACGAUCGCUCUAUAGUGGAGUUUCAAAAGCCAUUGAUUCCUACCUGAUAUCCUAAUCUUCAACAGGAAACUGCAAAUUUGGGUAUGUCUAUGAAGAUUUUGGUGGAUGAGGUUCAUAAAUGUCAGGUAAUCAACAAUCAAGGUAUAAUUAAAUCUCUUACAGAAGCACAACAAAGAGAGAUAAUUCUUCAAAAGUCAUUGCAUGAUGCACUUUCACACAUCAAGUUUCUUGAGCCUUCUGUAAAGAUUUAUGAUCAACAGGCAAUUACAGAUAAGUACAAUGAGGUUGUUAAUGCUAUUCAGGUUGUGUAUCAGGGAAUUCGUAAUCAACUGGAUCCUAUUUCUCAAUUUUUAAGUAAAGCCAAAGAAGAAGAGAAAAUUCCAGUAAUGAGAGAACAAAUAUCUAAAAAGCAGAUUGAUAAUGAUAUGAAUAUGAAAUGAUUGUUUUAUCACUCAAGUGUGGAAUGAGGAAACAGUUUGUGAUCUAGCCUUUAAAGAUGAUGUGUCUUUCUUACUUUUACCAAAAGCAAGUUAACACUUUGGAGAAUCAAAUUGAUUUGCUCAUUACUCCAAAAGCUUUUUCUCAAAGAAGAUUUCUUAUCAAGGCUGGUGAAAUGAUAACUCACAGAGAGUAUAAUGAAAAGUUGAUCAGAUUUCAUGUGACAUUGGGAAAACGUCAAAAUGAUAUAUGGAGUUUGAAGGCAAUUAAGAUUAUUGAAAUCAAGAAGGGUGAUUUGUUCGAAGGAAUUUUCCAAAACUAUUUGUUCAAGGCUGACUUUCCUUUAAUGAACCCAAACGAUUCGACUUUCCUUUAACUGAAGAUUGUAUUGUAUUAUUCCUUAUGAUGUAGGGAAUUCAUUGGUCUUUUG